AUGUCAUUUUUUUCAAGAAGUCGUUCUACUGACUCUAAAAGCCGUGCUCCUGAUUCAAAAAGUCGUCCAAUAAUUAUAUCUAUUGAAACAGCAGCAUCUUCUGCUCUACGUCAUGCCACCGGUGACCUACGCAAGAAGAAAGUUGAAAAGGUAAAGGCUAAGAAAGUUGCAGCUCCAAAGAAAGUUAAAAUUAGAAGGGACCCACCAGUAAGAGCCAAAAAAACUGCAGCCCAUUUGAGAUCAUUACCAAUUGUCCAACAGACUCAAAAUGGUUUAAACAAACUUUCAUUGACAAGAAUAGUAUACUCCGAAACUAAAUAUACCAGUUUAAAAGUAAUUGACUCCAGAUUUGUUCAAUUCUUUGCACCAUUCACAAUCUUCACUGAUGAUGUCAUGAAUUCGGGUUUAGUUCUAGUAGAGACAUUGGUACCAUCUCUAAAGACUAAAACUUACAAUAGACUCGGUGAAGAAUUCAUGUUCCCAUAUAACUUUGUAGCAACUUGGGUAAGUGGUGUUGCAAAGAAAGGUUAUAUUGCCUUUGAAAAUAAUUACCGUAAACCAGGUCAUGAUCAACUAGUCAGAUAUAGAAAAUUCUACAACAAGAAAUACAUUAAUACAAACGGAAAACCAUUACUAAGAGGUAUAUUUGAUCCUAUAUUUUUGCCAGCUAACAAUAUGUUUGAAAAUUUGACAAUUAAAUUCUUACCUAUUGGUAAUAAAGUUCCAUCUGAUGGUUUCUGUUGUGAAUUUGACAGAGGUUUUGCUUUGACUGGUAACUUUUUAGUUAGAGGAGCCACAGCAACUGGUAGACAAAUAACUUCCCUGGUUUCAAUGCCAUUCAUUUAUAUGAAUCACAUGAACAAUGUCUAUAAUGACGAAUUGGAUAAAGAAUUAAGAGUAUCUUUCAGAAGCUCAAUUAAAGCUUUAGGUAGAACUAAUGUCUAUUUAGAAACUGAAGCUAUUGAAGCUUUCAAGAACAGCAGUACAGGUAAGUUAUUCCAAAACAACGAUGCCAAGAGAAUUACUGACGCAGACACUUUAUUGUCCGAAACACCAAAGGCUGAAGAAAAUUCAAAAGUCGAAGAAACAAAGCCUCAGCCAGUGCCACUAAAGGAAUAUAAGUCCAAAUCAGAAGAGUCUCUCUUGAUUGAAGUUGCAUAG